AUGGGGGAGGUUGGUGAGCCCUUGAGCCUUCGAGAGGAGAUCGGACAGGGCGUUUCAGAUGUCAGCAGGGCCAUCAGUGCCUCAUUGCGCCCUCUACCUGUCGCCUCUGGAGAUGGUACAUAUCUUCCAAAGGUCGAAACGACGGGUAUAUUAGAUGACCUUGCGCACAUGAAGUUGGGAGAUGCUGGAACUCUGGCGGAACUUGCCAAAAUGGCUGCCACAGGCGAGCUGGUCGACGAUAAACGUUAUAUCAUGGAGAGAGUUAUCCAGCUGGCCUCGUCCCUACCAAGUACCUCUAAGAACGGAAUGGCGUUGACAGGAGACUUGCUGUCCCAACUGUGGAAUGACUUGAAACAUCCACCCAUCUCACAACUUGGAUACGAAUGUAUGUAUCGGAGUGCUGACGGUUCUAAUAACAAUAUAUGGUGUCCAAAACUUGGAGCUGCUGGGUCGAGAUAUGCAAAAACAGUGCAACCUCGAUCUAUACAGUCGGUUAAUCUUCCUGACCCGGGCGUCCUCUUCGACUCCCUCAUGGCCCGUGAAAGCUUUGAGCCACACCCUAGCCAGAUAUCGAAUUUAUUCAAGACGGAUCCAAAAGAUCACACGAUUUCAAACACUUCAUCUUAUCUUGAUCUGUCCCCUUUAUAUGGAACGAAUCAAGAAGAGCAGGAUAGUGUGCGAACAUUUAGGGAUGGGAAGCUGAAACCCGACAGCUUUACUGAGAGACGAGUACAUGGUCUACCCCCUGGUAGUGGACUACUGCUCAUAAUGUUCAAUCGAUUCCAUAAUCACGUUGUUAAGAAUCUGGCUGUGAUCAACGAAGGUGGUCGAUUUUUCAAACCACAAGACGACGAUGCGAAGGCUUAUGCUAAAUAUGACAAUGAUCUUUUCCAGACUGGCCGUCUAAUUACUUGUGGUUUGUAUAUUAACUGCAUUCUAAAGGAUUAUGUGCGAACGAUCCUUAAUAUCAACCGCACAGAUAGUGAUUGGAGCCUCGAUCCUCGAUCAGACAACGCGAAGCCAUUUCUGGGCCCCCCGAUUACAUAUGCGACUGGAAACCAAAUUUCUGCUGAAUUUAACCUCAUUUAUAGAUGGCAUGCUUGCCUGUCGGAACGUGAUGCAGAGUGGACCAACGGUUUGUUUCGCAAGAUGUUUCCAGGCAGAGAACCUGAUAAGGUCUCCAUGGAGGAAUUCCUUCGAGUUUUGGCACAGUUCAGCUCGACUCUACCAGAUGACCCUCAAGAGCGUGGCCUAGGAGGCCUUAAACGUGGACCAGACGGCUCGUUCAAUGAUGAUGAACUUGUUCAAAUGCUCACGGAGCGAAUUGAGGACUGUGCGGGAGCCUUCGGUGCUAGAGGGGUGCCAAAACUGCUUAGACCAAUCGAAAUAUUGGGAAUCAUGCAGGCUAGAUCAUGGAACUUGGCUACCCUGAACGAAUUCAGGAAGUAUUUCCAUCUCAAGCCUCAUGAAACAUUUGAGGACAUUAACUCGGAUCCAUACAUUGCCGAUCAACUGAGGCAUCUCUAUGAUCACCCCGACAAUGUCGAGCUUUAUCCUGGUGUGGUGAUUGAGCAAGCAAAAGAAGCUAUUGUCCCAGGGAGUGGUCUUUGUACCAACUUCACAAUCUCUCGCGCCAUCCUCUCUGAUGCCAUUGCAUUAGUUCGAGGAGACCGAUUUUACACGGUCGAUUAUACCCCGAGAGCUCUCACAAACUGGGGGUUGAGCGAAUGCAACUAUGAUGUCAAUAUUAAUGGGGGACAUGUGUUCCACAAGCUCCUCUUUAGGGCUUUCCCUCACCACUUUAAAGGUAAUUCCGUAUACGCUCACUUCCCCUUGGUCACCCCAUGGGAAAAUUUGAAAAUACUCUCUGACCUAGGAAUUGCGCGGAAGUACUCUUGGGAUAAGCCUGGAAGAGUCACUUAUCCUAUAAUGAUUUCAUCACACUCUGCUUGUCGACAGAUCCUUGAAAAUAAGCAGGAUUUUAAAGUCACCUGGGGUAAAACCAUCGAGUUCUUGAUGAAGCGAGACGGUCGCCCUUUUGGUAGAGACUUCAUGCUUUCUGGAGACCGGCCCACGAAUUCAGCAUCUAGGAAAUUGAUGCAUGAUUCCCUCUACAUUGAUCGCUGGCGUGAGGAAAUUAAAGCUUUCUACAAGGAUAUUACACUCAAAUUACUCCACGGCAAAGCGUACAAAUUGGCUGGCACUAUCAACCAGGUGGAUAUCGUCCGUGACGUUAUUAAUAUGGCCCACGUCCAUUUCUGCGCAGCAGUAUUCUCUCUACCCCUGAAGACGGAGGAGAACCCUCGAGGAGUCUAUACUGAGAAAGAGCUUUAUGAUGUCAUGGCCCUGGUUUUUACAUGUAUAUUCUUCAAUACUGAUCCUGCCAAGAGCUUCGCUCUCCAUGAAGCAGCACGGGAGAAAACACAGAACCUUGGCCGGCUUGUGAUGACAAACGUCGAGCUCAUCAGUAGGACUGGAUUCUUGGCCCCGCUUAUUGAGAGGAUUGAUAGGCAUGACAAUAUCCUGGCAGAAUAUGGCAUCCAUAUGAUUGAGCGCUUGCUAGCUACAGGCCUUCCGACUCAGGAUAUUGUCUGGACACACGUUUUGCCCACUGCAGGCGGGAUGGUUGCGAAUCAAGGACAGUUAUUCUCGCAGUGCCUGGAUUACUACCUCUCUGACGAGGGCUCAGAGCAUCUCCCCGAGAUUCGGAGAUUAGCAAAACUCGAUAAACCAGAAGCCGACGACAUUCUCCUUCGAUAUGUUUUAGAAGGUGCGAGAAUGAGGUCUGUGGUAGCUCUGUAUCGCGAUGUCGCAAAGGCAACGGAAAUCCAAGACGGCAAAAAGACCUUGUACCUAGAACCUGGCCAGCGUGUUAUAUGUAACUUGGUUACUGCAUCCAUGGAUGCCGCUGUUUUCCCAAACCCUACCAAAGUUGACCUCACCCGAAACCUAGGGUCUUACAUUCAUCUUGGAUAUGGCCCUCACAAGUGCCUUGGCUCAGAUAUGUGCAAUCUAUCCUUAACGAUGAUGCUCAAGGUCAUCAGCCAACUGGAAAACCUCCGUCGCACGCGCGGGCCACAAGGUGAGCUCAAGAAGGUUCCUGGCCCCGCUGGUUUGACGCUAUACAUGACUGAGGACCACAGCCAUUAUUCCCCAUUCCCCCUCACAAUGAAAGUCAUGUGGGACGGGAGCCUGCCUUCUAUCACAGGCAGCAGGCUUCUGGCCGUCUUUGUUAUGUAA